GUGACAUGCGGGUGUCAGUUGACAUCGGGAGUCCGCGACGCGUGUCCGCACUGUGUCGCCUGCGAGUUGCGAGUGAUAUCCGAGUUAUUGUUUCGAGUGAAUGUGGUAGUGGAUUGAAUUCUAUUUUUUAAAUAUUCAAUAAUUACGAACCAUUUAUUAUGGUAUAGUGAAUUGAAACAGUGCGAAAAUGAAUUUCAAAAUGACUUUAUGGUGUAGACGUGUGCGCUCGUCAGUGGUUGGUGUUAUAAUGGUUAUAUUUACAUGCGCACUGUCCGAAGUGGCCUCGUCGGACGGGAGGGAUGAGCCGCAUAAGUAUACGAUAGACGAGUUGCUGUCUACACAUUACGAGAAUAAGGAUUCUGGUGAUCUUGGAAUGGAUCCUUGUAAAGCUGAUAACUUUCAAGGAGACAUCGCCAUUCCAGAUGUUGACUAUUUCAAGCCAGCAAGUGGUCCAUCAGCAUAUAGUAAGAUUAAUAAAUCACUACAAGAAGAAGUAGAGAGAUUAAAAAAAGAAGUACUCUUAGAAGGUUUACAGGUAGAAGAAGAAGGAUUGCCUGAUAUUUUAAGAAAAAGAACAAAGCAACCAAUUUUCCUUUCGCAAGAUAAACCUAAAAAAUACAACGAUGCUGCAUUGAAUACAAAGUUUUUGCCACAUGGAUUAGAUAAAUCGAUAUUAAUGAAAAACGGUAAAUAUCUACCUGAAGAAACACUUGAUAAUAUUCACGCCGCUCCCACAAAUCAAAGUAAAUUGGAUAAUUCAAAUCAAACUGUAGUAGACAAUUUAACAGAAUAUGAAAGCCUUGAACAAGAUGGUGUUCUAGUAGUUAACAUAUCUACUGAUAAUAUAUUAAAUUUAGAUGAGUUAUAUCCACAUAUUCAAUUAGCAAAUUUUUCCAACAAAAUGGACGAAGUUACAAAUAAAAUACAGAGCAAUAGUCGUGAAAUUUCUGGCGAUUUAAAGAGAACUAAAGAUUUACCAGACAACGUGACAGUUGCUCCAGCCCCGACAAAUGGGGUUUUGUCAACAAAUGAGCAAGACGAAGACAAUGAUAGCAUAGAUAAAUUUGUAAUAAAUAAUACAGAACGACCUUUAGAGAAAAAAAUUAAUGAAGCUAAUGAUUUGUUGAAACCCACCGAGAGCUUACAGAUAUUAAUGGAAGAAACAACCACCAGAAGAAGGCGGAGAAGAAGAAGACAUGGAAAUCGAAGAAGAUUAAGAAACGUCCACUCAAGUGAACGAUUAGGACAGAACACACUGAAGUUCGGCGAGCAAUCGCAGACUGAUCAUUUUGAGAGGAAAAAAUUUUUUCGUCACCAAAAGAAGUACAACAGCGGUGAACGCAGCGAGCCGAGAAAGUAUGAAAUACCCGAGCAUGAAUUUGAAGAGAAAUUCGAAGUGAAACCACCUCCAAAACCAAACGUUACUGGAAAUGGAGGGACUCAACAAUUCAAGGAUUGGUUUUUUCGGGACACCACUGACGAUUUAGAAGCUGCCGAGAGUCGCUUCUAUAAUAUUUCCGAGAUUAAAAAACGUCAUCGAUCCAUAAGGGCCGCGACGAAUCGCAAAGAACGUAUAUGGGAGAACGGUGUAAUCCCAUACGAAAUAGAUGGCAACUUCAGCGGCGCGCACAAGUCGCUGUUCAAACAAGCCAUGCGUCACUGGGAGAACUUCACGUGCGUGAAGUUCGUUGAAAGGGACGCAGACCUGCAUCGAGAUUACAUAGUCUUCACAGAGAGACCAUGCGGAUGCUGUUCCUUUGUCGGCAAAAGAGGAGGAGGUGCCCAAGCCAUAUCGAUUGGCAAGAACUGCGACAAAUUUGGCAUUGUGGUCCACGAGUUGGGGCACGUUGUCGGCUUUUGGCACGAGCACACCCGCCCCGAUCGUGACAAUCAUGUUCAAAUCAUAAGGGACAACAUUAUGACAGGUCAGGAGUACAAUUUUAAUAAGCUGACGAACGAAGAAGUUAAUUCUCUCGGACAAACUUACGAUUAUGACUCCAUUAUGCACUACGCAAGGAAUACGUUUAGUAAAGGAACUUAUUUGGAUACGAUAUUACCUCUGGAGGUGCACGGUAAGAAGAGGCCAGAAAUCGGGCAAAGAGUGAAGCUCAGUGCCAGUGAUAUUGCCCAGACGAAUCUACUCUACAAAUGCGCAAAAUGCGGGAAGACUCUUUUAGGUAACUCUGGCUGGUUCAAUUCUCCUGGCUGGGGCUCUGAGGCAUCUCCUUCGACACCGGAACGCUGCGAAUGGAGAAUUGUCGCAACCCACGGAGAAAGAGUCGUGCUAAACAUUACCGAAAUAGACAUCCACAAAUCCGAAGAGUGCCGUUCUGAGUGGGUGGAAGUAAGGGACGGUUACAUGCCCGACGCCCCGGUCCUUGGUCGCAUUUGUGGCUCUGGGAAGGGCCCCAUGAUGCGCUCCAGUGGUUCACGCCUCACUGUUGUCUACCAGCCUGGGCUGAAAGUCAAGCCACAUAGAGGGUUUAGGGCACAUUAUGAAGCGGUAUGCGGUGGAGAUAUUGAGGUGGACAGCAGCGGACAUUUGGAAUCGCCGAAUUACCCAGACGAUUACCAACCGAAUAAACUUUGCAUUUGGAGACUCUCAGUACCGCAAGACUACCAAGUGGCUUUAAGAUUCCAUUCGUUCGAAGUGGAGAAUCAUGAUACAUGUUCGUACGAUAAAGUGAAAGUAAGAGAUGGUGACUCAAUGGAUAGUCCACUUAUAGGAAUGUUCUGUGGACACAAGAUACCACCCGAUAUCAGAUCAACCUCAAACAAAUUACUAGUGAUCUUCGAAUCAGACAGUACGGUACAGAAAGCAGGUUUUUCCGCAACCUUCAUGAAAGAAUUUGAUGAAUGCGCAUCAAUAGAACACGGUUGCAGUCACUCCUGCGUUAACACAUUGGGUGGAUAUGAAUGCGCUUGCGAUAUUGGAUACGAGUUGCAUUCUGAUGGCAAGAAAUGUGAAAAUGCAUGCGGAGGAGCUCUGUACGGUCCAAAUGGCACGAUAACAUCACCAUCGUUCCCGGACCUAUAUCCGCCGUCUAAGAAUUGCCUUUGGGAGAUCGUGGCUCCACCACAGCACAGAAUCACAUUGAACUUCACCCAUUUCGACUUAGAAGGCAACAGCAUGUAUCAACAGGAAUGCGAGUAUGACAGUGUAACGGUUCAUUCCAAGUUAGGAGCAGACGUGUUAAGAAGACACGGAGCUUUCUGUGGCAACGCAUUACCGCCACCUGUUACAUCGGACGGCUCAGUUUUAAGAGUUCAGUUCACAUCUGACGCGUCAGUUCACCGAUCGGGCUUCGCAGCAGUGUACUAUAUCGAUGUAGACGAAUGUGCGGACAACAAUGGCGGAUGCCAGCACGAAUGCCACAACACCCUGGGAGGAUACGAGUGCGCCUGCCACAGUGGGUUCACCCUACACCCGAAUAAACACGACUGCAAGGAAGGCGGUUGUAAGCAUGAUGUUACACAACCGCAUGGCACCAUUGUAAGCCCAAACUAUCCGGAUUUGUACCCGUCAAGGAAAGACUGCGUGUGGCAGUUCUCGACUACACCAGGUCACCGUAUCAAGCUCAUAUUCAACGUGUUUGAACUAGAACCACAUCAG